AUGAAGACGUCUAUACAUAUAGAUGACAUACGCCCUGCACCACUAGGAAACUUAGACGAAGAUGCCCAGUCCGAAUACUCUACAAGUUCCUCAACUGGACCUCUAGGCAGUGGUAGCUCCCGUAGUCGCCAGUCAGAAGCCAAGGAUCACACAGGGUUGAAAUCCGCUAGUUUGGAUGGACUUCCUGCCGAUAGCGACGCUUCCCGAUCCCAGAGCCUGAUAUCCUACCAGGACGCUAUAGCUUCGGUUGUACCUCUUCGGAAUUCGGGUGCCGGAGAGGAGGGCACUAUGUCGAGAUCUCCGACCCCCAUAGAGAGCGAACGCUCGAGUGGCAGCGAAGCCGGCGAUAGCAGGCCUAGCACUCCCGGGUCGGUCGUGGAGACAACUAGCCGUGAGAGUGAGCUGGCAGCAGAGAAUGCCAGACUACGGCAAAUGAUCGACGACCUCAGAGAUGAGCUGAGGCAACAGAGGAAGGCGUUCGACGACCUUGAAAAGAGGUCUCGAGAACAGCACGCCGAGCUGUUAAACGCCCUCAAGGGACAACAGACCCCAAAAGGGGUAAAGCGAGGUAAGCCAGGGACCUCGUCGGGUUCCGAGGAGGAGCCCUGCAAGGCUAAAAAGAAGCCAUCAAAAGAGAACGAAGCACCUGUCGCCGAACAGGCGAAGGUCCCAGCGACGACAUCAGAGCGCGCGGCCCCUGCCGAGAAAGCCGAGAGGAUACCGCCUGUCAUCCUUCGCAAGAAGGAGCAGUGGACUGAGGUCAGCAGGAGUCUGACCAACAGAAAAAUAAAUUACACCAGGGCCAGGUUAACGGGUGAAGGCAUCGCCAUUCACCCGCAAACGCCUGACGAUUAUCGAUGCCUCACGCGUGUCCUCGCCGAUGAAGGGAAGGAAUUUCACACCUUCUCUCUCCCAAGCGAGCGGCUGCUGAGGGCCGUGAUCAGAGGGCUACCAGACGGAAUUUCCAACGAGGAAAUUCGGUCUGAUCUCGAAGUACAGGGCUUCAAAAUAACAUCUGUUUUCAUAAUGAAGAGCCGUAGGAACAAGGCCCCCAUCCCUCUAGUACUUGUACAAGUCCCCCAGGAGCAAGAGGACCUGCUCAAGGUGACAAGAUGCUACCACCUAGUCGUCAGGGUGGAAUCGCAGAGGGCGAGAACCGAGCCGACGCAGUGCCAUCGCUGCCAAUGCUUCGGUCACGCGCAGAGCCGUUGCACCGCAGCUGUCAAGUGUGUGAAAUGCGGCGAAGGUCACCACUCGGCAGACUGCACUAAGAAGCGCGAGAUCCCGGCAAAGUGCGCCAACUGCGGUGGCGAACAUCCUGCCAGCUACCGCGGAUGGCCUAGCUUCCCUAAGAAGACGACAGGGAGCAAAAAGCAGCAGCGCAAAGAAGACUCCCAAGCCGACAAAACACAGGCUAAGUUGGCACACCCCCGAAGGUGA